CAUCUCAUUUCAGACUCCACAACCCAAAAACCACAACCUCAAACUUGUUAGCUACAACUUCUCCAUUCCUCUCUUCUUAUUAGAAAAAUGGCAGCAACACUUUCAGGUCCCAUGGUUAGUACCUCAUUCAUCAGAAAACAACCCGUAACAAGUCUUCGUUCAAUCUCCAACGUAAGCCAAGCUAUGUUCGGGCUAAAAUCCAGCCGUGGUGGUAGAAUAACCGCAAUGGCUACAUACAAAGUGACUCUAAUCACACCAGAGGGAACUCAAGAAUUCGAUUGUCCAGAUGAUGUUUACAUUCUUGACCAUGCUGAAGAAGUUGGAAUCGAUCUUCCUUACUCAUGCCGUGCAGGUUCCUGUUCUUCAUGCGCUGGGAAAGUCACUGCAGGAACGCUCGACCAAUCUGAUGGUAGUUUCCUUGAUGAUGACCAGGUUGAAGAGGGUUGGGUAUUGACUUGUGUCGCUUACCCACAAUCCGAUGUCACCAUUGAGACUCACAAGGAGGAAGAAUUAACUGCUUAAUUAGUAGUCCCUUCUUCAAUUAAUUCUCGAUGACAUUUUUCAUUAUGUUUCAGUUUAAGACAAUAUGUGGUUGUGGUGGUGUUCUGAAUCCUAUCUAAAUUUUUCUAUUUGUCUUGAUCGAUUGUGUUGUGAGAGAACACGAGGUGUUAGUACUAUCAAGUGUGCUAUGAUAAUUCAAAACUUUCAUUGGUUUUACAUAUGUGUUUAUGUUUAUUUGAAUGCUAUUAGCAGCUCUCUUGAUAUA